AGGAAGACACUCUGGGAGAGUUCAGGAUAAAAAUAGCUGCGCCAUGUUGCUGCUGCUCUGUGUUCUGAUAUUCUGCGGCUUUCGCUUCGUCAUGUCUGAAGAGAAACUGGUUUCAGUCGACUUUGAGAUUUUUGGGAAUGUGCAGGGUGUUUGCUUCAGGAUGUACACGGAGGAUCAGGGCCGCGCUCUGGGACUGAGCGGCUGGGUGAAGAACACCCGACAGGGGACGGUGAUCGGCCAGAUCCAGGGACCGGCUCAGCAGGUCAACAGCAUGAAACUUUGGUUGAAGAACGUCGGCAGUCCGAGUUCUCGGAUCGACCGAGCCGUUUUCUCCAAUGAGAGAGACAUUUCUAAACUGGAGAUCCAGGGCUUCUCCACUCGCUACUGAGCAUGUGCAGACUGAUUUACAGCUUCAUCAGCAGUUAAGGAACCAAACAAACCUCCAAAUAAACCAAUGUACGUCAGCCUCAUUUGCAAACUGAGCACAUAAAACAUUGAUCUGUGAAACUUGUUCAAUGUGUUAUUGGAUUGAUUGAUUGAUUGAUUGAUUGAUUGAUUGAUUGGUUGAUUGAUUGAUCAGGACUUAUGGAUAAUAAUCAGCUGCUCUCAUUAAUCUCCACAGCAUCAGAACAGCAGAAUGCUAAACAUCAUCUAGGUUUUAACUUCCCGACCCAGAACCGAUCAGGACCAAAGCUGACCGGGUCUGGCUCAGCUUUGACCUGGUCAAACAUGUUCAGGACAUUUGACUAUUGUUAACGAAAAGGUUUGAUGUGUUUGAUGUUGAAGACUGUCGAGAGUCCUCGGUGCAAAACUAUCAAAUCUUCACAUCUGUAGUUCAAUCAAGCUGUUGACUGCUGACCAGAACCGAGAAAGACCAGAACCAGCCGUUAGUUAGAGCCUGACAGACGGAUCUCACUCUGUCAUUAGCUUUGAAUAAAUUGAUCAAUUCUUCUAA